GACAAAUCAUAAUGCUAAGUCAAGCCAUAUGGACUUUUUAAAGUCAGUCGCGGCGUCUGCAAUAGCUAGAGGCUCCUCUUUGCCUUUCUCUUUCGAGGACCGCGUUGACAUCGACUCGUCAAUAUGGACACUUCAUAACGGCACGAAACGAGAUGAUGGUGCAAAGUGUAGUAUCUUUUCCUUCGACAUAAACGCGGAUAGGUCACGGCUACCCCUCGCAAAAAAUGCGCUCCGGAAGCUGCGCACACUGCGACAUCCUGGAGUCGUUAAAGUACUUGACACGGUGGAAAAUGACACCCAUAUAUACAUCGCGACAGAACGUAUAGUACCUUUGACAUGGCACCUGCGUAGGAAAAGCAUGACAGAAGAGACAAUCAAGUGGGGUUUAUAUACGGUCGCAAAGACGCUGAGCUUCAUAAAUUCGGAAGCAAGCUCCGUCCAUGGCUCUGUGCGAGCAUCCUCGGUUUAUACGAGUGAAAGCGGCGAGUGGAAGCUAGCAGGGUUUGAAAUUCUCAGCUCACUGAAAGAGGACGAUGCAGUGAUAUAUACAUACGGCAAUCUCGUUCCAGACGGUGGCAGAUACUCUCCCCCAGAAGUCGUAAAAACUGGUUGGGAAGCAAUUAAGAGGCACCCCCUAACAGCAGUUGAUGCGUACGAUUUUGGAAUUCUGGUGUAUGAGUCAUUUAAUGGGAGCUUUAUGAGCGGUGACCAGCUCAGUGCCCCGAAGAGCAUCCCCUCUUCGAUUCAACCGAGUUACAGGCGACUUAUAAAUGCCAAUCCGAAAUCUAGGAUUUCCGUCGCUGCGUUUUUGGAACAGGGGCAGCGCGUGGGAGGUUUUUUUGAGACUCCAUUGAUCAGCAUCACGGAUGGAAUAGAACAUCUCGGCCUGAAAACAGAAGAAGAGCGAGAGACCUUCUUAUCUCAACUGGACGAUGUAGCUGAGGAUUUUCCAGAGGACUUCUUCAAAAUGAAGAUCCUACCUGAGCUACUCAAGUCUGUCGAGUACGGAGGCGGUGGGCCCAAAGUUCUUGGAGUCAUCUUCAAGAUUGGUGCAAAAUUAUCGGACGACGAGUAUCAACAACAGCUUGCACCAGUAAUUGUGCGACUGUUCGCUAAUCAAGAUCGAGCUUUGAGAGUCUGUUUAUUAGAUAAUUUACACUUGAUGAUCGAUAGGCUACCGCAGAAGACGAUCAAUAACAAUAUUUUCCCACAGAUGGUGACUGGCUUCUCGGAUAUUGCUCCCAUAGUUAGAGAGCAGACAGUCAAAGCUGUACUUGUGGUAGUGCCAAAACUUUCAGAUCGAACAAUCAAUGGCGAGUUAUUGCGACAUCUCGCUAAGACUGCAAAUGACGAGCAGCCUGGUAUAAGAACAAAUACAACGAUCUGUCUUGGAAAGAUAGCACGAAAUUUGGGAUCUGGCUCACGCACCAAAGUCCUGACGGCCGCUUUCGGUCGAGCCUUGAGAGACCCUUUUUUGCAUGCCAGAAAUGCUGCAUUGAUGGCUCUGGCAGCCACCUCAGACUUAUACAGUGAUGAAGACUGCGCUACAAAGAUUCUGCCAGGCAUAUGCCCCGCACUGGUAGACAAGGAGAAGCUAGUUCGUGACCAGGCAAACAAAACUUUCGAUCUUUACGUCUCUCGAAUACGCCGGUACGCAGCGUCGUUGCCCGAAACGGUACAGCCUCCGUCAGGCACAGCAGCAACGGGUGCGACGCCACGAAUGGGAACUCCUGCUAGUGAUAGCUCUUCAUGGGCGGGGUGGGCCAUCUCCUCUUUUACCAACAAGAUUGCCACCGCAAGUGGCCAGAUGAACUCGUUCUCGAAUACGCCUUCCAACGGAACAUCACAUGUCACAUCAUCCGAACCGCGAGCGAGUAGCGUGCCGCCUGCUGCAACAAAAUCGGCUAACGCUCCUCGAGUAAGCUCCGGUCUCAACCCGUCCACUUUAAAAUCAAAUACCUCAUCAAAUCCACUUGCUUCACCACCCGGCCAGAAUGACGACGACGAUUUCGAUGCAAGCUGGGGUGAUACGCAGGGCGAGGACAACGGUGCAGCAGAUGCGUGGGGCUCCAUGGAAGACCCAACAGCCGAUCCAUUCGCAGCUCCUCCAUCCAAACCAACAUCGAAGAAGGAACCCUCGGCUCUCUUCGAUGAUAAAGGCGAACCUGACUUCUCAGGCUGGUUAAGUGCGCAAGCAGACGCUAAGAAGAAGGCCAAAAUUUUACCCAAGGGACUGACAAAGUCAUCUACUGCAGCGAGCGCUACCCGGCCAACGUUGGGAGCCAAAUCUAAUUCUACUAGUGCUAUUAAGAAAGCGAGUCCCGCGGCAAUGAAACCGAAGGUAGAGAAGAAACAAGAGGAGGUUGAGGAAGAUGACGACGCGUGGGGCGAUGCUUGGUAAUUUACUUUGUUUCGACCUUUGUUGUCUUCCCUCUGUAGACGAGGAAUAGGAAAAUGAUACCACAAUCAACCAUGAUUUGAGUAAUUAAAAUCUCCAUCAAAACACUAACGUUGAUUUAACCUCCGUCUAAAACGGUCUAAGUCAUUCGGGUGUCCAUAAACAGUAUGAAGAUCUUCUAUAUCCGAAUCCACACUCUUGAUUAGUCCCCUUCCACCUUAUCCCGCUUUACAGUCAAAUCGGGGGUUAUGGCCAAUAUUACAAGUCGAAACACUCUCCUUUCUAUAACAAUCUAGAACCUCUGAGAGUUCAAAUGCCCAUAUGGACGUUGGC